UCUUGAGUACUCCACAUGCUGGCUUCCUGUUUAGGAUCCUGGGUUAUAGAACAUUCUCCUCCCUUUCCCGAAGAGAACUUCGAAACACCUCUACAGGACCAGCUAAAGUGCCGCUCGUCCUUCCUCGGAGAGAUCCUGAUCCCCUCAGUACUUAGGUUUUUGUUUUGUUUUGUUUUGUUUCCCCCCGAUAGAUCCCUCCCUCGAAUCAUCUCUUCCUUUCCUGUAGAGAAUCUUGGAUCACGCUGCUCUACUGCCGGUAUCGAAUCUUACUUGGCAGACUCUGGCACAGCCUGAGAUGGCAACCCGGAUACCUUGCUUCUUUCCUCUAUGGGGACACCAGAAUACUUCCUUCCCUUUCCUGAGAGUCUAGCUUUGAAGUACUGGGACUCCGAGGACCGACCCCUAGACCCGAGCUCGCCGUUGGGCACAAUUCGCCUUUUCAGCAGGCGGUCUGACCUAGAGUCCCGCUCACCUGGCUUUCCUUAUCCCCACUCCCCCUACACCCCCGCGGGGAGAAGGCACGGAGCGGUGCGCUCCCUUUAGCAGGUUCGGGAGGGCAGGGAGAGGGGCAGGGCCGAGCCAAGCCGCGCCGGGCCAGGCGGACAGAGGAGAGAGGAGGGGGUGCGGGGAAGCGGGAGCAGGGAGCGAGUUGGGAGUAAGUGCGCUCCCUCCCGUUCCCCACCUCCCGGCCCGCCUCUCCCUUCUCUCCGGGCUUCUCCCCGCCCCAGCCUAGCCUAGCCCAGCCCAGCCCAGCCCAGCCCAGCCCCGCCGGCUCCUCCUGCCCCGCUCCGCUCGGCCCCAGGGAGCCGCUCAAACUUUUCUCCGGCUCCUUGCUCUACCUUCGCGCAGCGGCGCCGGCUGCCCAGGGAGGGAACCCGGGCGUCCAGCCCCGCAUGGGCGCCGCGCAGCCUCCGGGGGCCUGAGGCUGCCCGCCCGUCCCGCACGCGGCCCAUGGCGGCCCGCGCUGCCUCCGCCGCACCUGCGGCCGAGGAGCCGAGCGGCCAGGGCCAGGGUCAGGGCCAGGGCCAGGCCGGUGUCCCCCGCAAGAAGAAGUCCCGGGGCGGCCUGCGCCGCGCCUUCAGCUGGCUGCGGGGCAAGCGGAGAAAGAAGAAGGGGCCGCCCGGUGGGGAGGGGGCCGAGCCACCCCCCAAGGGCAAGAAGUCUGAGGAAAAGGCCAGGAAGGGCAGAGGCAAGGGCAGAGGCUCAAGCAAAGCAGACAACAAGCAGCCAUCAUCAGAUGACCAUCAGGACAAUGUCUUCUUUCCCAGCAGCCGGCCUCCUCACCUGGAGGAGCUGCACUUUCAGGCCCAAGAAGGACUUCGAUCCCUGCAGUACCAAGAAAAACAGAAACAGAGCAAGGACGGCUGGGACCAUGGAGACAGUCAGAGCAUCAAGUCGUCUCAGAUGAGUACCAAGGAUGAGGACUCCAUUUCCUUCUGCAGCCAGAGCACCACUUCUACCAUGGAGAGCUCCGCGGCGGAGGACGCCCUGUCCAUCCGGUCCGAGAUGAUCCAGCGCAAAGGCUCCACCUUCCGACCUCAUGAUUCGUUCCCCUCCAAACAAGGAAAGUCCGGCCGGCGGCGGCGAGAGAGGCGGAGUACGGUGCUGGGGCUCCCACAGCACGUGCAGAAGGAGCUGGGUCUGAGGAAUGGGCACGACCCGCUCGGCGCGCCCAGGCCCCCCGCUCGCCUCACCAACGGGCACGGCACGGCGGGGGGCGUGGUCCACAUCCCCACGGUGGACGGGCAGCUGGCGGUCCCUGGGAGCGCCGUGCCCGGGGUCCGCGUGUCGCUGGUCGCACUGGAAGCAGGGGCCGGGGACGAGGCUGCCUUACAGCGCCACAUCGACAGUGUCUACCGCGACGACAGCCUCGUCGGCCGAAGGACGGGGGCCCGGCUGUCCCCCUUGGUCCGGCCCAAGUCGCUCGCUGUGCCGGGGAUGACGGGUGGGGCGGGACCCCCAGAGCCCCUGAGCCCGGCCAUGUCCAUCUCCCCCCAGGCCACCUACCUCUCCAAGAUCAUCCCGAAUGCCGUUCUGCCACCCACCGUGGACGUGGUGGCCCUGAGCCGCUGCAGCGUCCGCACCCUGAGCCGCUGCAGCCUCAUGUCCGCCAGCCCGGCCUCCGUGCGCUCCCUGGGCCGCUUUUCCUCCUCCUCCUCUUCCUGCCGACCCCGGAGCCGCCACGCCUCCUCCUCCAGCGACAACUGGAGCCACUCGCAGUCCACAGAAACGAUCGUGUCGGAUGGAUCGACGCUGUCGUCGCAGGGGGGCUCGGAGGACCGGGUCGAUGGGCUGCCCGCGCGCCAGGAGGGCUGCGCCGCCAGCCGGGAGAGCCCCCGGAGCACGGCGGGCAGCGGGAUCUCCACGGCCACGGGCAGCGGGCAGGCUUCGCCCAGCGCGGGCAGCGGCAGGGCCGACGGCUCGGACACCAUCAGCAUUCAGAGCGGACACUCCUCCGUCCGGAGCGUGUCUCUGCGGAAGCUCAAGCGGGCACCGGCGCCCCCCCGCCGGACCUACUCCCUGCACCAGCGGGGCGCGGCCGACGGGGCCCCCGGCCUGCCUCCUAAGCCAGAACGAAAGCAGCCCCAGCUCCCUGCUGCGGGAGACCCCGAGGAAGUGGCCCCUGGGGCCCAGGUCGCCACUCAGUCCCCCAGCACCUCCCAGCGCCUGGUGGGCUCCCCGGAGCGUACGCUCUCACCUUCCAGCGGCUAUUCCAGCCAAAGUGGCACCCCUACGCUGCCCCCCAAGGGGCUGAUGGGGCCCCCUGCCUCCCCGGGCAAGCCGUCUCCGAGGCCUCCCAAACCCGAGCGAGUGUGCUCCCUGAGGUCCGCUGGGACCUCGGCGUCGUCCUCCCUCACCUCGCUCUGCUCCUCCGCUUCCUCCUGUGACCCCGCCCUUGUAGAUAAGGCUGUCCCCGGGCAGCCUCUGGAUGCUCUCUUGCCCCCAACUAACCCAGCCGACCGGUUUGUCAUUCCCCCUCACCCUAAAGUCCCAGCCCCUUUCUCUCCCCCACCCUCAAAACCUAAGACUCCAACUUCAGCUGCUCCUGCUCCUGCUCCUGGUCCCAUUUCUAAUUCUGUUCCUCCUCUCCAGGGGUCAGGGACCCCAGUGAAAUCUCACCUGGAAUCUUCCACACCACCCAAGGGAUCUCCUCCUCCCUCCCCUCCUCCAUCUUACCACCCACCCCCACCGCCCGCUAAGAAAGUGGAGGUCGCGGCCCCGGCCUCCGCGGCCCCGAGCUCUGAUGGGGGGGUCACCCAGGACCACAGCUGGCCCCCUCCCCCGCCCCCUCCUCCAGAGGAACAGGACCUGUCCAUGGCAGAUUUCCCUCCACCAGAUGAGGCCUUCUUCUCUCCCACUAGGCCAGAGUCCCCAGCUCCCCCCGGGGCCUCAACCCCUGGCCCUGCUCGGCCUCCUGCUGCAGUCCAGACCUCUCCUCAGUCAGGGGCCAAGCCCGAGACGCAGACCUCGAGUUCCUUCUUGGCCACUGUCCCCUCACAGGGCCCAGCCCAGUCCGAGUCCCUGCCUCCCCCCGGGCCUCCCCCCGACGCCCCCCCCUUGCCGGCCCCAGCCCUUCAGCCUAACUCUGGGAAGCCAGCGGAGCCACCCAAGGAGCCCCUGGGGCGCAGCAAGAGCACCCCUGCACCCAAGGAAGAUGCCAGCCUGCCUAUUGUCACGCCCUCCCUGCUGCAGAUGGUGCGGCUGCGCUCCGUCGCGCCCCCUUCUCCGCCGGCCUCCCAGGAGCCCCCCGCCCCCGCCCCGCAGAAGCCACUGCGGAAGGCCCUCUCCAUGCGGGGGGGCCAGGCCCCUGGGCCCUCGACGGGGCUUCACGCUGCCAUGCGCCUCAAAGUCUCGAAUAUGGCCUCCACCGAUGGCCCCCUUGGUUCUCGGCCCAACAGCCCGCCCGAGCCCACCUCCCCACGGCCGCAGUCCCCGGCCUCCACCGCCAGCUUCAUCUUCUCCAAGGGUGCCAAGAAGCUGCAGCUGGAGCGGCCUGUGUCUCCCGAGGCCCAGGCCGACUUGCAGCGGAAUCUGGUGGCUGAACUUCGGACCUUUUCUGAGCAUCGGGGGCCGCAAACCCAGAGGAAACCCAGCAAGUCCGCUCCGCCUGUGGCCCGGAAGCCAGCAGUGGGGGUCCCUCCGCCUGAUUCUCCUGGCAUCAAGCAGGCCGAGAGCCCCUCAGCCUCCCCUGCCAACGGGCAUUCCCACCUCGAGGACAGGACUAAGCGAGAGCGGGCAGAGAACGGAGGCGCUGUGCAGCUGGCGGGCCUGGAGCCGCAGCCGCUGAGUCCUGCUGCCUCAGAAAACCAGAAAGAGCUGCUCUGACCUGAGGGAACGGCGCUCUGGUACUACUGACCCAUCCUAAGAACACAAUCUCUCAGGGACCUGAGCAGGUCGAAGCACGAGAAGGGGAGAACUGGACACAUGCUUAACUUAAUACAAAGGAAGAAUUCAGCCUUAGCCUCCACGGCCUUUGAUAUUUAUGCAAACCUGCUGAGGGUACAUUCCUCACCAAGUUAGGCAGUUUUCUUUUGCCUUUUUACAGAAACAUGGACACUCCCAGAGUCACCACGUCUCCAUCUCCGACCCUCUUCUGGCUCAGCUGAGGAAGGAGAGAUGAUGAGAAGAGGGAGUGGUCUCUGCUGGCCCCAAAGCCCUAGCUCGAAAGAGGCUAGAGCCUGGUCCAGAGCUCCCUGGGAUUUUUGUUUUUAUUCUUCUCUGUUGAAAACAUUUUCUCUUUUCUCCUUUCCUUUAUACCAUCCCUUCCCCCUCCUCCAAUUUCUGGGAUAAUUAGUCCUAUAAUCAAGCACACAAUAAUAGUAAUGAAUCAAAGCACUUUUCAAAAACAGCUGCCCGUCCAUCUUACAGGGCAGGUGGCUGGCCUUCCAUCUUGCCAGUUGCCACCUCACCAGUGGACCUGCCCCUCUUGGAGUGGGGCCUGCCUCCUUUCACAAGGCCCCUGUUUACAUGGCAGCGGUUCUCACUCUCUGGGUCUUUGGCUAGCCUUCUCACCCUGGCCUGGGGGGGGUGUACCCUAAUUCUUUGGGUCUUGAGGCUUCAGGAGGGGAACAGCUGGGUAGGGGCAGUGGUCCCUGCCUUUGGAGGCAAGGACAAAGCACAAAAGGAUGUGCCCAUCCUUUUCAGGAGCCUCCCUGUUAUUUCCCAACUUGGCUCUCCCAACAGGUGCUUCCAUCAAUAAUAGGGGUUGGUACCAAAGUGACCCAAGGCCAGGAGGAUGGGACUUGUCCCCACUCUGUUAUCAGGGCAUCAGAAAUGACUAUUGAGAAUGAAUACAACAAGUCGUGCUCACUAGUAGCUCUUCUCAGGAGGCCAAGAUUUCCCACCCUCUCUCUGAACUGAUGUGCUUUUUUCCCCUUUUCCCUGGGAAGAGGGAGAUUUCAGCUCAGACACAGGUACUGUUUUUUUUUUUUUUUUAAAUCUUCACCUGUUUCAGGGGUACCCACUCAUUACCUAGAGGCCGUAGGUUGAACAGGGCCAGAGGAGGAGGGAUGCCUUUUGCCACCAAGACUAGUCUUCAUGUACUUCCUCCAUCCUGUUUUGUGGGAUUUCACCCUCUGGAUACGUCUUUGUACCAGAUAUCCUCUUAGGCGAUGGCAAAGGCUGAUUGAGAGCCCACUCUUUUGUCAAAGGCACCCUUGAACUGUUCUAAGAAUAAUUCCCUAGGCUGUUCCUUGGUCCAACUGGUCUGGGAUUUAUAUUUUCUUGGCAGCGAGAAUAGUGGGGAGCAUAGGAACAGUCUAUGAUUAUAGCCUUCAAAAGAUAGGGAAGCCCUUCAACAACCUUGGCUGUCUCUUCAAUAACCAGCCUAAAUCUUGACCACAGGUUUGAUGAAAACCUUCUUGGACCUGUUUACUCUAUUUAAACCUGAGUACUCUAUAUUUAGUUAGAUUUGAAACCCUUUCAGAAGUGGUUGGGAAUACUCUAAGGUAGAGGUGAGUGCACAUUGAAUGAGGAGAAGGAAGGGCUUGUUUUAUUGGCGUGGUCCCUGUGACUCUGCUCCCCAAAUACUAGGUAGCCAUUGGCCAACUUUUUCCUUUUUUUUCCUGCCUUUUCCCCAGGGCUGUUGUCAUUGGGUCCUGGUGAUGUUUGCUGAGCGUGGCUAGGCUGGAGUGCGGGCCUCUUGAAGGCUACUGAGGGAGUUUGACUCCACACCAGCGCCCUUCUCUUCCUUUGGGUCAUCCAAUACCCAGUCUCACUACUGGCUGUCACAUUCAGAGUAGAGAGAGAAAUCAAUAACCACUGUAUGUACUGACUGCCGAGCUCUGCCCACAUCCUUGAUAGAAUGGGAUGUGUGAGUAAGCUUGCGAGGCGCUGUUGGAACUGCCCGCAGAAAUGCUGAGGUUUGAGGGAGCACUUCCCCCUGUCUGCACUAAACUCCUGCCACCUGACCCUCCUUGCUCAGUUUUUCUGUUACUGGAGUCCUGUCCCUUCCUGUGAGGGUUGCCUCUGAAAAUGCCCAGCUCUCACCCACCCUUUUCUGGUUGGACAGAGAACAUGGCAGUGGGGACCAAGAAAGGGGGGAAGGGAAGGGGCAAGUCCCUGCCUUAUCCCCUUGGGGAACCAAGCUGGACCUAGCACUAACCGAGACCAAAAGCCUCUGAUUUUUAUUGUUCUGUAGAAAUGUUAGAUAUAGAGAAAUAUAUAUACAUAUAUAUAUAUUUCUUUAAACAUUGAUCUCACUUUGAUUGUUUAAAAAAAGCCAAAAAAAACACCAAACCCCAACCUUCCAAACUCCUACCCCAAUACCCCAGAAGACCUCAACCCUCUACCUUGAAAAGUCUAAAGUGAGAUACAAUGACAAACUGUAUGUUUUGGUUAAAAUAUGUUAAUUAUAUGAUUAAAGCUGA